AUAUCUAGCAGGGGGCUGGAGAGCUUUAUAAGACUGGGAAAGCACAGCAGGGAUAAGCUCUUUGCCGUUGACCAAGACUGCAUCUGGAACCUUCUCCCUAGACUAUGGCUGAGAGGAGAAUACCUUUCACCUUCUCGCGCCUCCCCAGCUGGGACCCCUUCCGGGACUGGUACCAGGGGAGCCGUCUCUUUGACCAGUCCUUUGGUAUGCCCAUCUUCCCAGAGGAGUGGCAGCACUGGCCCAGCAGCUACUGGCCUGGCUACAUCCGGGGCCCGUGCCCCACAGCCGAGGCCACGUCCCCAGCUCACUUCUCCCCAUCACCGGCCCCCCUCUACACCCGUGCCUUGACACGGCAGCUCAGCAGCGGCAUGUCGGAGAUCAAGCAGACCCAGGACCAGUGGAAGGUCAGCCUGGAUGUCAACCACUUUGCCCCCGAGGAGCUGGUGGUGAAGACCAAGGACAACGUCGUUGAGAUUACCGGGAAACAUGAGGAGAGGAGGGAUGAGCAUGGCUAUGUGUCACGCUGUUUCACCAGGAAGUACACGCUCCCACCGGGUGCAGACGUAGAGAAGGUGACGUCCUUCCUGUCCCCGGAGGGCGUGCUCACAGUAGAGGCUUCCCUACCCAAGCCGGCCAUCCAGGCAACUGAGAUCAACAUCCCGGUGAAUCUGGAAAGCCAGACCAAGCCUGCGGUGGAGACCAAGAAAUAAGCCCCCCCCCCCACAUAUCCUGGGUCCCCAUCUGCCUCCCAUAAUUAAGUGGCCUGCUUUGUCUUGGAGUGCCAGUAAUUGUUGGGAGAGAGAUGGCGCGUCGUCUCUUUAAAUGAAGCUUCUCUCUGUGUGUGCUGUGUAAACACAUCUGUGCUAGUACCAUAUGCUGUUUCUGUGGUAAUUAUGUUCUUCAUUUAAAUUAAGAGAACCGAACCCCACCCACCCCAGCUGCCAACCCCCCUGUAAGCUCCUAUUACUUGCUUCACAAGCACUGAAAGCAAUUACCUGCCCCUAGAGCCUGGCUGCCAGCGCCUCUCUCUGGCAUAAUCAGUAAUGGCUGCAGUCGCUGCCUUGUGACUUCACAAAGGAGCGUUUCCACGGAAACCAGAGUAUCACCAGAGUAUCACCGGAAGCUGAUACCUUCACAGGGUUCAGUAAAUGGCAUGGCCUUAGUGGUUAGAAAAAAAUUUAGCUUCCAAGAAUCUCUUUUUGUGUCUUGUUUUUAUUGUGUUCAAGAAUUGUUUUUAAAGAGAACCUCAUGCAUUUCAUAAGUGAGUUUUGUAGGUGUAGUGGAAGCUUUAUUUUGGGCAUAUAAAACUGCUAAAAGCAUUUACAAAUAAUUGUAAAACAUCUGCAUAAUUGUAGAGGUAAGGUUUCACUUCAAUUACUUGGACUGGACCUGUGCUUUAUCAUCUGUCUUUUUGGCUCAAAAUGUGGUGUCCUUUUUCAUUGUAUGAUAAAGGGUUCUCAGAGUUUUUACUUAAGAAAGGAAAAUUGUAUAAAAAAGAAUUAUUUUCCUGGGCCUUGGCAUUAGUCAAAAAUUUUAAACUACAUUUUAAACUAAAAGUCAAGGAAAAUAAAAAAAAACUAUUAAUCAA